AUGUUUUUGCACCAAAUUCCAAUAGACGGUAUGGAACUCGAACUCACGGUAUUCGAUUGUGAACACGGUUUUGGCACGAGUCCAGCAUCACAAUAUCGUUGGUAUCAGGUACUCUAUCAAGUGGGUGUCUUCGUCUCACGUUCCUCCAUAAAUGUUGUACAGCUGAAUAUGCUUUUCAUAGCUCUGCUGCCCGUCUUCCAGCUUCUCAACACAGUUUUCUUCAUGUUGAACGCUAUUUAUGCAUUUAUUCCGAAUUUCGCCAUGGUCUGCACUAUCGUCCUCUAUGAAGGUCUUAUCGGAGGCGGAUCCUAUGUGAACACGUUCCAUCAUAUUCACAAGAAGAUCGAUCCUGAGGUUCGCUCAUUCGCUCUUUCAACUGUUUCGUUGGCAGAUUCGGUCGGAAUCCUUCUGGCGGCCCUCGCCUCCAUACCGAUUCACAACGCAAUUUGCGCCAUGCAAUGGUAUGGAUAG